AUGGCGGAGGCAGAGCCGUCCUACAUCGACUACGAGGCCUUUCUCGACCCCGACUUCUCACCGGCAGGCUUCGCCAAUGCACUUGUACUCAGUACCAACAAUGCAACAGACACGCCCCUGGAUCUGUCAACGCCGCUCUCACGAGUACUGUUUGACCUUCAGGAGAUCGACACUCAUAUCCAUGCCCUGACUACAAAAUCCGCCCUACCGCUAUUAGCCCACACCCAAAAUCAAACCGGAGCGGCGGACAAUAUCCUGAAAGAGACAGGAACGCAGAUUGCCUCCGUGACACAGGGUUACGAGCGUUUGGAAAAGGAGGUGGUGCAAAAAUGGAAGGCCGCGGACGAAACCCGCAUCGCGGCCGAGAAGUCGUUGGCUACGGUUCGGCUGGCACGAGCUGUGUCGCGCUGUCUCGGGCUGGGCCGGCAGUUGGAGAGCCAAGUCGCAGAGAUUCUGGGACGUGGAAGCGUUGGACAGACCAACACGUCCGGCGCCGAGGGAGCAGCGUCAACAACUGGUAAAGAGAGCUUUCGGGCGUUGGAGCGUGCAGCCUACACGAUCCUGAGCCUGCGGCAGAUGUUCGCGGCCACCUCCGAAGAUGACGAGGGAUAUGGGCUGGACCGUGUGAAAGUUACUCGCACGUUGCGGAAUGAGUUUGUAAUCCCUGCCGAGAACAUGAUCAAGUCAAGGGCACAGCAGACCGUCAAUCAGUUCUCGAUAUCAAGUUUGAGGGUCACCUCAAAUGGCCAAUCGUCCGUGUCGAGCUACAAGCAAGUUCGCGACGCAAAGUCACGACUGGCUACCGCCGCUGCGACUCUGUAUCUCCUAUCACCUAUGCCGAAAGGGACCGUCUCUGCAUCAGACUAUAAGGCUGAGCUCCUCGUUUCGACCCUGCAGGGCUACAUGCAUACCGCCAUAAUGAGCUCCGUGAACACUCUUGCAAAGGCGCUAUCGCAGCUACCCACGAUGGACCGAGCGUUGGCAGAUGUUUCCGCCCGGUGCCAGGACGUUGUCGCUCUCGAGUCCAUUCUACGACACCUUCGUGCACCAUCACAUCCUCUCUUUGAUUCGAGCAGCACCACUGUCGACCAGCCUCCUUCUGAAUCCGAAACGGCAGCAGACCAGAGUAAGACUCAUAAUCUCUUGCAACCACUGCUUCGAAAUCUCGACACUUCUUCGUUGCCGUCGUACUACUGGCGGUCCCUCGCCUCUUCGUUGAGCGGACGUGUCCAGGAGAUUGUGAACCGCGGUGGCGUGUCUGCACGGACACUGCGGUCGAACCGGGACCGACUCAAGACGGAGAUCAAGGAGUGUGUGCUUCGGUCCUCCCAGGCAUCGGCCACUGGCGCGAUGGCCGAUAAGGGCCGAUCGGGGACCGACCCCGUGAGCGUGGGCAACUGGGAACGGGAGGCUGCGGUGAUGGUCAGCUCGGUUGUCGGACAUUUAGGGCGUUGA